UUACCAACCGGGACAGGAUACAGCUGUUUUUUUCUUCUCUCUACCUCUCUUCCUUGUUCCCCCUUUUCCCAUGAUUCCACGUUACUCAAUCCAAGAUCUCCUGUGCAAUCUCGAUUCUCCACUCUGCCUUCAUUUUCCCUCUCGAAAAUCAAUGGUCCAUCCUUGGCAAUCUGUCACCAAAUCGACGAGUUAGGGUUUCUGUUGGGUUCAGUUUUUGUGGGGACUUCUGGGGACACUACAUCUCCGUCAGCCAUGGCCACCAACUUGCAGAUGAGCCCUCAGUUGGAGCAGAUCCAUGGUGAAAUUCGCGACCACUUCCGAGCCCUCGCAAAUGGCUUCCAGAAGCUUGAUAAGAUUAAAGAUUCCAAUAGACAAAGUAAACAGCUGGAAGAACUCACAGUGAAAAUGAGGGAAUGCAAAAGGUUGAUAAAAGAGUUUGAUCGUGAAAUUAAAGAUGAAGAGGGCAGAAAUCCUCCAGAAGUGAACAGGCAACUAAAUGAUGAAAAGCAAUCAAUGAUCAAGGAGCUAAACUCUUAUGUGGGUUUGAGAAAAACGUACAUGAAUACCAUUGGUAAUAAGAAGCUUGAACUCUUUGACAUGGGAGCUGGAUCUAGUGAACCUACAGCUGAAGAAAAUGUUCAAAUGGCAUCAACUAUGUCAAAUCAAGAACUUGUUGAUGCUGGGAUGAAGAGAAUGGAUGAGACUGAUCAGGCGAUUGAACGAUCCAAACAGGUUGUACAUCAAACGAUUGAGGUGGGCACCCAAACUGCCUCUACCUUGAAGGGCCAAACUGAUCAAAUGGGCCGCAUUGUGAAUGAUCUGGAUUCAAUUCAGUUCUCUAUUAAGAAGGCCUCCCAGCUCGUGAAAGAAAUUGGUAGACAGGUGGCUACAGAUAAGUGCAUCACUAUUUUGUUCCUUAUCGUCUGUGGUGUUAUAGCCAUUAUGUUGUGA